UGGAGCCAGACACCGGACAGAGGUCCUACAGGUUCCUGGUCCCCAUGGACGGCUGCGGCACCGGCGCCACUGAAGAGGACGACACCGUUGUCUCUAAUGUCGUCAUAUUUCAGAUGGACUCCGCUGUACAGGAAGUGUGGGACACAGCUAAGAAGCUAUCGUGUGUUUGGACGAAUAAAUACAGUAAAGCUGUUAAUUUCAAACCAUUGCAAGUGUCUAUGUUGGAUGUGGUCCAGACUCGCUUCGAGGGAGACGACCUCAAGUGCUGGAUGGAUAUUCAACGAGGCACCUACCCCAAUACCCAGCCUAUGGACGGUAUUCUUCGCAUCGGCGAGCCUCUGACGGUAAUGGUGUAUCUUAAGAACGACGACAAACGCCUGGACGUGGCAGUGCGCGACUGCUGGGCCUACGGCGAGCCGGAGUUCGAGGACCCAGAUACACCGAAGCUCCAGCUGACGUCCAGUGAUGGCUGCCCAACGAGAAUGAAGCUGAUGCACUUCUGGUCUCGAACCCACGACACCUUCGACACCGGCGCCUCCCUCAUCACCUACACCAACAUGUCCGCCUUCAAGUUCCCGGAUCGCAUGCAGGUGUUCCUCACCUGCAACGUACAGAUUUGCAUAGAGCACUGUGAGGACCGCUGCGAAGGAGAGCCAUCUGAGCCAGUAACCUUCCGUGAGAUCUUUAAGAUUACAACGCCCCUAACACCAACGCGACCACCACCACCACCACCUUACUGCCGGCCUGGCUCUAAGGAUCCCCGCUGUCGUCCAAGUACACACAAACCCUUCUGUGCACCAGGGUCGACUGAUCCAGCCUGUAGACCUAUAAGUACCACUAAACCUAAAUGCUAUCCAGGAUCAAAAGACCCAGAAUGCAGACCACCAAUUGUGAGUCCUCCAGGAGUUCGCCCGCCGCCCGUUCAAGAACCAGUUUGUGUACCGGGAUCCGGAGACCCGCGGUGCCCUCAACCAACGGGUCAACCAUGCAGGCCAGGAUCUUUAGACCCCCGCUGCCGUAAGCCUCCUACUACUCCAGUUUGCUUCCCUGGUUCAAGAGAUCCACAUUGUCUGAAGCCAACCACGCCACGACCUACCACGACAUUUAUUUGCGUACCAGGAUCUAAAGACCCACGAUGUCCUCAAGUUACUACACCUCGCAUACCGACAUGUUAUCCUGGAUCAUUGGAUCCACGGUGUCCUCAGCCAACUACACCACGACCAACUCGACCGACCACACCCUUUACCUGCCGACCAGGAUCUAAAGACCCACGGUGUCCUCAACUAACUACGCCCCGUCCACCGACUUGCUAUCCUGGAUCACUGGAUCCAAGGUGUCCUCAACCGACUACACCACGACCAACUCGACCGACCACACCCUUCACCUGCCGACCAGGAUCCAAAGACCCACGGUGUCCUCAAGUUACGACACCCCGUGAACCGACUUGUUAUCCGGGAUCACUGGAUCCAAGGUGUCCUCAACCGACUACACCACGACCAACUCGACCGACCACACCCUUCACCUGCCGACCAGGAUCUAAAGACCCACGGUGUCCACAACUAACUACGCCCCGUCCACCGACUUGUUAUCCUGGAUCACUGGAUCCAAGGUGUCCUCAACCGACCACCCCGAAGCCCAUUUUUCCACCAACCACACCCUUCACCUGCCGACCAGGAUCCAAAGACCCACGGUGUCCUCAACCUACUCCACCGACUUGCUAUCCUGGAUCACCGGAUCCAAGGUGUUCUAAACCAACUACACCACGACCAACUCCACCAACCACACCCUUCACCUGCCGACCAGGAUCCAAAGACCCACGGUGUCCUCAACCUACUCCACCGACUUGCUAUCCUGGAUCACCGGAUCCAAGGUGUCCUCAACCUACUCCAUCCCGUCCACUGACUUGCUAUCCCGGAUCACCAGAUCCAAGGUGUCCUAAACCAACUACACCACAACCAACUCCACCAACCACACCCUUCACCUGCCGACCAGGAUCAAAAGACCCACGGUGUCCUCAACCUACUCCACCGACUUGCUAUCCUGGAUCACCGGAUCCAAGGUGUCCUCAACCAACUACACCACGACCAACUCCACCAACCACACCCUUCACCUGCCGACCAGGAUCAAAAGACCCACGGUGUCCUCAACCUACUCCACCCCGUCCACCGACUUGCUAUCCUGGAUCUACGGAUCCACGAUGUCCUAAACCAACUACACCACGACCAACUCCACCAACCACACCCUUCACCUGCCGACCAGGAUCCAAAGACCCACGGUGUCCUCAACCUACUCCACCGACUUGCUAUCCUGGCUCACUAGAUCCAAGGUGUCCUCAACCAACUACACCACGACCAACUCCACCAACCACACCCUUCACCUGCCGACCAGGAUCAAAAGACCCACGGUGUCCUCAACCUACUACACCCCGUCCACCGACUUGCUAUCCUGGAUCACUAGAUCCAAGGUGUCCAAAACCAACUACACCACGACCAACUCCACCAACCACACCCUUCACUUGCCGCCCAGGAUCAAAAGACCCACGGUGUCCUCAACCUACUCCACCUCGUGAACCGACUUGCUAUCCUGGCUCAUCAGAUCCAAGGUGUCCUCAGCCGACAACCCCGAAGCCCAUUUUUCCACCAACCACACCCUUCACCUGCCGACCAGGAUCCAAAGACCCACGGUGUCCUCAACCUACUACACCCCGUGAACCGACUUGUUAUCCUGGAUCCCUAGAUCCAAGAUGUCCUCGACCAACUACACCACGACCAACUCCACCAACCACACCCUUCACUUGCCGACCAGGAUCCAAAGACCCACGAUGUCCUCAACCUACUCCACCCCGUCCACCGACUUGCUAUCCUGGAUCUACGGAUCCACGAUGUCCUAAACCAACUACACCGCGACCAACUCCUCCAACCACACCCUUUACUUGCCGACCAGGAUCCAAAGACCCACGGUGUCCUCAACCUACUCCACCCCGUCCACCGACUUGCUAUCCUGGAUCUACAGAUCCACGAUGUCCUAAACCAACUACACCGCGACCAACACCACCAACCACACCCUUCACUUGCCGACCAGGAUCCAAAGAUCCACGGUGUCCUCAACCUACUCCACCCCGUCCACCGACUUGCUAUCCUGGAUCUACGGAUCCACGGUGUCCUAAACCAACUACACCACGACCAAGUCCACCAACCACACCCUUCACUUGCCGACCAGGAUCCAAAGACCCACGGUGUCCUCAACCUACUCCACCCCGUCCACCGACUUGCUAUCCUGGAUCUACAGAUCCACGAUGUCCUAAACCAACUACACCACGACCAACUCCACCAACCACACCUUUCACCUGCCGACCAGGAUCCAAAGACCCACGGUGUCCUCAACCUACUCCUCCCCGUCCACCGACUUGUUAUCCUGGAUCUACGGAUCCACGGUGUCCUAAACCAACUACACCACGACCAACUCCACCAACCACACCUUUCACUUGCCGACCAGGAUCCAAAGACCCACGGUGUCCUCAACCUACUCCACCCCGUCCACCGACUUGCUAUCCUGGAUCUACGGAUUCACGAUGUCCUAAACCAACUACACCACGACCAAGUCCACCAACCACACCCUUCACUUGCCGACCAGGAUCCAAAGACCCACGGUGUCCUCAACCUACUCCACCCCGUCCACCGACUUGCUAUCCUGGAUCUACGGAUCCAAGAUGUCCUCGACCAACUACACCACGACCAACUCCACCAACCACACCUUUCACUUGCCGACCAGGAUCCAAAGACCCACGGUGUCCUCAACCUACUCCACCCCGUCCACCGACUUGCUAUCCUGGAUCUACGGAUCCACGGUGUCCUAAACCAACUACACCACGACCAACUCCACCAACCACACCUUUCACUUGCCGACCAGGAUCCAAAGACCCACGGUGUCCUCAACCUACUCCACCCCGUCCACCGACUUGCUAUCCUGGAUCUACGGAUCCACGAUGUCCUAAACCAACUACACCACGACCAACACCACCAACCACACCCUUCACUUGUCGACCAGGAUCCAAAGACCCACGGUGUCCUCAACCAACUACACCACGGCCACCGACUUGCUAUCCUGGAUCACUAGAUCCAAGAUGUCCUAAACCAACUACACCACGACCAACUCCACCAACCACACCCUUCACCUGCCGACCAGGAUCCAAAGACCCACGGUGUCCUCAACCAACUACACCACGGCCACCGACUUGCUAUCCUGGAUCACUAGAUCCAAGAUGUCCUAAACCAACUACACCACGACCAACUCCACCAACCUCACCCUUCACCUGCCGACCAGGAUCAAAAGACCCACGGUGUCCUCAACCUACUCCACCUCGUGAACCGACUUGCUAUCCUGGCUCACUAGAUCCAAGGUGUCCUAAACCAACUACACCACGACCAACUCUACCAACCACACCCUUCACCUGCCGACCAGGAUCAAAAGACCCACGGUGUCCUCAACCUACUCCACCCCGUCCACCGACUUGCUAUCCUGGAUCUACGGAUCCAAGGUGUCCUCAACCGACAACCCCGAAGCCCAUUUUUCCACCAACCACGCCCUUCACCUGCCGACCAGGAUCCAAAGACCCACGGUGUCCUCAACCAACUACACCACGGCCACCGACUUGCUAUCCUGGAUCACUAGAUCCAAGAUGUCCUAAACCAACUACACCACGACCAACUCCACCAACCACACCCUUCACCUGCCGACCAGGAACAAAAGACCCACGGUGUCCUCAACCUACUCCACCUCGUGAACCGACUUGCUAUCCUGGCUCACUAGAUCCAAGGUGUCCUAAACCUACUACACCACGACCAACUCGACCGACCACACCCUUCACCUGCCGACCAGGAUCCAAAGACCCACGGUGUCCUCAACCUACUCCACCCCGUCCACCGACUUGCUAUCCUGGAUCUACAGAUCCACGAUGUCCUAAACCAACUACACCGCGACCAAGACCACCAACCACACCCUUCACUUGCCGACCAGGAUCCAAAGACCCACGGUGUCCUCAACCUACUCCACCCCGUCCACCGACUUGCUAUCCUGGAUCUACGGAUCCACGGUGUCCUAAACCAACUACACCACGACCAAGUCCACCAACCACACCCUUCACCUGCCGACCAGGAUCCAAAGACCCACGGUGUCCUCAACCUACUCCACCCCGUCCACCGACUUGCUAUCCUGGAUCUACGGAUCCAAGGUGUCCUAAACCGACUACACCACGACCAACUCUUCCAACCACACCCUUCACCUGCCGACCAGGAUCCAAAGACCCACGGUGUCCUCAACCUACUUCACCCCGUCCACCGACUUGCUAUCCUGGAUCAGUGGAUCCAAGGUGUCCUCAACCGACAACCCCUAAGCCCAUUUUUCCACCAACCACACCCUUCACUUGCCGACCAGGAUCCAUAGACCCACGGUGUCCUCAACCUACUCCACCCCGUCCACCGACUUGCUAUCCUGGAUCUACGGAUCCAAGGUGUCCUAAACCGACUACACCACGACCAACUCUUCCAACCACACCCUUCACCUGCCGACCAGGAUCCAAAGACCCACGGUGUCCUCAACCUACUCCACCCCGUCCACCGACUUGCUAUCCUGGAUCAGUGGAUCCAAGGUGUCCUCAACCGACAACCCCUAAGCCCAUUUUUCCACCAACCACACCCUUCACUUGCCGACCAGGAUCCAAAGACCCACGGUGUCCUCAACCUACUCCACCUCGUGAGCCGACUUGCUAUCCUGGCUCACCGGAUCCAAGGUGUCCUAAACCAACUACACCACGACCAACUCCACCGACCACACCUUUCACCUGCCGACCAGGAUCCAAAGACCCACGGUGUCCUCAACCUACUCCACCCCGUCCACCGACUUGCUAUCCUGGAUCUACGGAUCCAAGGUGUCCUAAACCAACUACACCACGACCAACUCCACCGACCACACCUUUCACUUGCCGACCAGGAUCCAAAGACCCACGGUGUCCUCAGCCUACGCCUCCCCGUCCACCGACUUGCUAUCCUGGAUCACCGGAUCCACGGUGUCCUAAACCAACUACACCACGACCAACUCCACCAACCACACCUUUCACCUGCCGACCAGGAUCCAAAGACCCACGGUGUCCUCAACCUACUUCACCCCGUCCACCGACUUGCUAUCCUGGAUCACCGGAUCCAAGGUGUCCUAAACCAACUACACCCCGUCCCCCGACUUGCUAUCCUGGAUCACCGGAUCCAAGGUGUCCUCGACCAACUACACCACGACCAACUCCUCCACCAACCACACCCUUCACCUGCCGACCAGGAUCCAAAGACCCACGGUGUCCUCAACCUACCACAUUCCCCCCGACAAUUCCAAUUUCUUGUGGACCUGACUCUCGGGAUCCUCGUUGUCCUCAACCGCCCGCUCCACCAACCUGCGGCCCGGGUUCCAAAGAUCCCCGAUGCAGGCCGUCGGACCCAGCCUGCCUUCCGGGUACUGGUGACCCUCGGUGCCCAGGUACACCUCCGCCAGAUAUAUGUGGGCCUGAUUCAACUGCUCCAGGAUGUCCUCGGCCUGCGACUUCCACUGCGCCUCCGACAACUCAAAUAGGCGACGGAUCAGACAGUCGACCUGUCACCAGUAAGACGCCAGGAAAGGACCAAGACUUCCACGGAGAGGCAGACCCCAAGUAUCAUGCUUUCCAUAGUUAUCUGUACCUACCGCCUCCUCGACCCAGAAGCCAUGCUCACCGGGGACGACGAGAGGUUGCUGCUGCUGCUGCUGGGGAGACAAUGAUGGUGAGCCUCGGGGUGCAACAGCUGGUGACCGCCCCAUCUUCUCCCGCUCAAAACAUCAUCGUCGACACUGAAGGGGACAACCUCUUGCUCGAGAUCACCGACUCCGGCCGCGUUGUGUUGCCGCUUCGAGAGGCUCGUCCGCUCAUCGAAGAGGCCAAGUUGGACUACAGAACAUCGCUGGCCAAGGCGUUGGUGAAAGACAAGUAUGCGUCCGUCGAAAAGGCUGUGCUCCGGGAGCCUAAAUAUUCUUACUUGAGGUCAGCUGAAGAUGACUCGUCAUCGCCACUGUCCGGAACGGGCGCGCUCCUACUGUCGCUGAUGUCUAUGGGUGUCGUCGUGGGAUUCGUCGCUGUCGUCCGCGCCUUGAAGUGGCCGCGACAAGAGAAGGACACCACAACCUCGACAGCUUAAAAAUAUAUUGGCAAGCAUUGAGCAAGCAUGUUGCAAGUUUGGAAUUAUAUGCCAAAUUGCAUGCAGAUAUAAUGUAAACCCAAAUUAUAAUCAAAAUGGGACUGCAGAGCACCGAUGGGUCAUAUUGGGUUAUGUCAUAGGUGAAGAAAUUGAAAUUCAAUUGUGAAAUACUCAUCUUUUUUUUUUUUUACUGUAUGGUAAUAACACAAUACGAUUUCUCUGAGCUGGCUCAGGGAUGCUAUCUUGUUUAAACUAUACCUGUCACGAAUUAGGUAACUCUGCUGUUCUAACAAAUAAGACAUUAAAAUCAAACUGAACACUUA